AUGUCUCUUUUCGUACCCCUUUCUGAUGAUAUGGAGGGGACUAUUAGUGCCGUGUCGUUGGGCGACUACAUCCUAUCGAUCAUGAAAAAGCUAAAACCUAAAUCAGCUUCCAGCUAUUAUGAGAAGUUGAUCGACCAAUUUACAGAAAAAAAUGGUGAGCAGGUGAUUAAAAACCCCCUUGAACUUUUCAAGCUUUUCCUUUCCGAACACGAAAUGGUGUUGGACCAUUUGAAGGAUGCUAUAGAUAAUAACACGACUUCGGUUAUUCUACUGGCAACUGAAAACAAUGUACAGGUAGAGAAAGAAACAUCACUAACUAUCGGUGAGGCAAAUCGCGGUGUUGAAGAAUAUUUUACCAUCCUCAUGUACAUGCUCCAACUCAGGUUCAAAGAGACAGAUUUAAUGGAUGAGGCAGUGGGAUGUUUACUUGAAGUACUAGCAAAAGACCAUCGAUUUCCAGAGUUAAGAAUUAAGGCCAUGCAAUUACUUUACAACACUUUAAUUGAUUCUCCAAAGCAGAGAGCUCGGGUACUAAUAGCGAUCCUAAAUUAUGCCUCCAAUGCAAAUUGUUUUGGGAUAAUUAUCCAGUAUAUCAGAUUCAUUUAUGAGUGGAUAAAGACAGUACAAUUGGAUGACACACAGAAGGUGAAGGUAUACCAUUUGAUUGCGCAAGAGUUGGAAAUUUUCGGAAAGUUGGAGGAAUCAUACCUAUUUUGGAAACUAAGGGCUGAGCAUUGCAAAACGCCAGAACUAAUUGAAUCCCCGGAUACUGUAAAUGCCACAUCAGAUUUGUGCAUUAAAAGUCUAAAAAAUCCCAACAUCUUAUGUUACGACUUUUUGUUAAAGUAUAAAUGCGUGUUAUACUUGGAUAAUACUGAAUUCAAGGAUAUUUAUCAACUUGUAGUUAUUAUGGCUAGGGGAAAUGAGGAUGAACUCAAAAAAUUUAGUGCAGAAAACCCAGAUUUCUUCAAAAAAUAUGAAAUAGAUAUAGAAGAAUGCGUUCAAAAGAUACGAAUGUUGUCAUUAGAGGUCAUUGUCAAUGGGUUGUGCAGUAUUACUAUGAGCGAAUUGUCUGAUAAAGUAGGUUUAUCUGCACAAGAAACUGAAGAGCUGGUGGUAUCAGCUAUUAGCAGGGGAGUUAUAAAUGCAUUGGAAGAUCAAAAAAACCAGACAUUGUAUAUAAAAUCAGCGAUGAAACGCGAGUUCAACAAGGCAAGAUGGGAAGCGCUGCUCAAUGGAUUGCAGAUUUACAAAAAUAGCAUUGCCAGAUUUAAUACGAUGAAACCUGAGUCAGUCAACUAG